UCAACGCAGAGCCUGGUGUGUUUAUAUUUAUGUUUAACAGCAAAACUAUGUCUCUAUUUUUUUUUUUUUUUUUUUUAAUGGAAUAAUAAUCCUGAAAUAGAAACUUUAAAAUUGCAAUAAUAUAAUACAUUAUACACAACUUUACAAUUACAAAACAUCAACAUCAGCUGUUUUGCUGUAUAGGCAGACUGGAAAUUCUUCUGUGAGGUGAAAAAAAUUAGUCCAGCGAUUAUCAUGAAUUCCAGACUGCCAAGUCGUUCACCAUGCAAAUCAACUCUGAUUGAUCAAGGUCCUCCAAAACGAUUCCGUCUAGAGACAGAGAGAAAAGUGCUUGAUGAUGAUGGAAAAGUCAGAAGGUGGACUUUGGGGUCAAAAGACACCAGUAAACAAAACAAAGUUGUUCUCCUGGUGGGAGAGACCGGCGUCGGUAAGACGACUCUCAUCAACACCAUGGUCAACCACUUACUGGGAGUGAAGUUUGAGGAUGAAGAAUGGUAUGAAAUCACAGACGAACCAGCCAGAGAUCAAUCAGAAUCACAAACCUCUGAAAUCACAAUGUAUGAGGUCUUUCCUGAUGAGAGUCCCAUAUCACUCACCAUCAUUGAUACUCCAGGCUACGGAGACACUAGAGGACUGGAAAAAGAUCUGGAAGUUGCUGAGAAUUUAGCCACUCUGUUUCAGAGCAAUGAUGGAGUUCGUGAAAUUGAUGCUGUGUGUUUUGUGAUUCAAGCGGCUAAGAAUCGUCUCUCAGACAGACAGCAUUACAUUAUCAGUUCAGUUCUGUCUUUGUUUGGAAAAGACAUUGUGAACAACAUUGUGUUUUUAAUCACACACUCUGAUGGUCUGCCACCCAAAAAUGUUAUCAGCGCCAUUAAAAAAGCUAAAAUCCCCUGCAAACUAGACGAAAGUGGUCAGCCUGUUCAUUUCUUAUUCAACAAUCGACAGGCUGACGCCCGUCACACUAAAAAACGUCACAUUCGUGCUCAAAGAGACGCCUGGGAAGACAGCAUGGAAGGCAUGAUGGAUUUUCUUCAGUCUCUGGACAAAAGGAACAGAAUAAGUUUAGAGUUGACUUCAGAUGUCCUGAUACAGCGCAUUCGAUUGGAAGCAUUCAUCUGCAACUUGCAGCUGCGAGUUCAAGAAAAGGAGCAGAAAAAAGCUGAAAAACUUCAGAUUCAGGAGGCAAUGAUGCAAAAUAAAGAAAAGAUUGAGGAGUGUAAAAACUUUACCAUCACAAUCCAAAGGAGUGUCAAAGAAAAGGUGCCUAUUGAGAGCAAGUCAUGGAAGCACAGGAAGGCGAUGACCUGCACCAUCUGUGAGGAAAACUGCCAUGAGUUUGACUGCUGGUGGGGUUCAAAUCCCAGCAAAUGCGAAGUGAUGAAAGAUGACUACUGCACUGUGUGCACAGGGAAUUGCCACUACAGCAAACAUGUCAAAGAAAACAAAAAAUACGUCAUCAGAACGUCAAGCGAAACGGUAGAAUAUGACUCUAUUAAAAAGGAAUAUGAAAAAGCCCAGGAACAAACCAAGAGGUUUUUGGUUGUAAUGAAAAACAUUGAAAAAGAUCUGAAGGACCUUGAAACACAAAAGUCAAUUUUUCUGUUCAAUGCUUACAGAACGAUCAGGCAUCUGUCUCAGAUCGCAUUAAAACCAGACUCUGCCUUCACUCUUCAGCAUCUCGACUUCUUCAUCCCCAGAGUGAGGGAGGCUGGGAGAGAAAACUGGGUGCAAGAGCUGGAGGAAAUGAGGAGAAAAGCUGUAGCUGAUGAAGCCAAUAAAGAUGCUCUGAGUUAUCUUAAAGCUGGUCUAGCAAAACUUUUCUUUGGGCAAUGAAAAACUGUGAUUAAACUUUUUUUCUUUAUACUGUUCAUGCUUUUUUAAAAAAUGGUUAUGACAAAUACUGUAGGUGUAUAUGAGCUUUUUCUUUCAGACAAAUACAAUCAAAGUUAUAUUAAAAAAUGUCCUGGCUUUUCCGAGCUUUGUAAUGGCAGUGAAUGUGUGAUAUUCAAUACUUCAACAGAAGCCAAUUAACUGUGUCCAUCCAUCAUAAAAAAAGAACUUACAGUAAAUGCCUCUUGAUAUGAAUUGACAAAGCACUUUUUUUUUUUUUUAAUGAUGAAUGGACAGUUUAUUGGACUUAAAUUGGACCACUGAAUCUCGACUGCAUUGCCCGUAUUGGUGAUCUCACAAAUAAAGGUGUUUCACGAUGCCAUAGGAGAACCUUUUUUGUCUAAAUUGUUCCAUAAAGAACCUUUAACAUCUGAUGAAUCUUUAUGUUUCACAAAAGGUUCUUUGUGGCGAAAGAAGGUUCUUCAGAUCAUAAAAAGUUAAGAAAGAGAUGGUUCUUUAAAGGGGUCAUCGGAUGCUAAGUUCACUUUUUUAUGCUGUUUGAACAUUAAUGUGUGUUGUCAGUGUAUGUACAAAUCUACCCUAUAAUGAUAAAAAUACAUGCAGUGGUUUUUAAUUAAUCUGUAAAAAUUAUAUCCCCUUUUUCAAAUCAAGCCAUUCUCAGAUGCCUGUCGUUGUGGCAUCACACCGACAGAGGCCGCUCCCACAACAGUUGAUUGACAUGAGCGUUUUAGCUCAGAUCAGCUGUCACAGUCCGUCCUCUUUGUUUCGAUGCCGGAGCAGGGAUGUAAAUUAGACAAGAAUAUCACAGAUUGAGCAAUUGAGGUGUUGUGUUGCUGGAUGUAACAAUGAACAUAGUGGUCGUCAUUUACUCCUGACAUCUGAGCCGCUGAAG